AUGUCUGACCUUCCACCGCGCGCUGAAGGUGCGGUGCUAGCCGUAAUUGCGUCCUCCGUCAUCGACGCGCCCGUCGAGAAAGUAUGGGAAGUAUUGCUCGACUUCCCUGCAUAUUCGGAGUGUCGCACCCAAACCGUCGUCGACGCCAAUGAACGGCCUGUCCCAGAUCAGGCAGCCUCAGAAGGCUCGCUGCUUACCUUGAAGGUGCACCUCCCGCCGUCCAUGGAACCUCAAAUGUUCCCGGGCUCGACGCGCCUGCGCGUCUCGCUCGUAGACCACGCCGCACACCGCGUCGCGUGGACGAACCGCAUGCCUGCGUGGCUUAUGACCACGGAGCGCUGGCAGUGGCUAACCGUGCUCGGGGACGGGAAAACCAAGUACGAAACGAUCGAGGUCUUCAACGGCCCCAUUGCGUACCUUGUCAGGUGGUUCGUAAGUGGGAAGCUGAAGCUCGGCUUCCAGGCGAUGGCGGAUGGGUUGAAGGCACGAGCAGAGAGUCUCAGUCACGCUUGA